AUGCCCGAAGUCGAAAAAGAAGCCGCCCACGCUUCUCCACAAAUGGAAGAUCUAUGGGUUUCGUACACCGACGACGCUUCUAACGCGUCAGGGUCCGGACUGGGACUUGUAUACAAAAUCCCGACGGGCAAAGUGAUUCGCCAGUCUAUAAGAUGCCUAGACAUGACUAACAAUGAGGCCGAGUAUGAGGCCGUGAUUGCAGGAUUAAGGCUAGCACUCAAGUAUGGGGCGAUACAUGUCAUACAACACUGCGACUCUCAACUCUUCGUCAACCAAGUCAUAACAACUUUCCAGAUCAAAGAACAAAGGUUGCAAAAAUACCAGGCCGAUAUUUGCAAACUACUGCCCGAGUUUGACGAGUGGCAGCUUGACCAGAUUCCUCGAGCAGAAAAUAUCAAAGCGGACGCCUCGCCAAAUUAG